UGUUGUUUAUUUACAUAGCUGUCUCACAAAGCAUUUCAUUUCAAAUCCCAUUGCCUUUUGAAACUCGGAUACUGUGCAUCUGAAUUUCUGAUCGAGUCGCUUUGGAGAAAAAAGAAAGCAAAUAUAGCACGGAUAUUUUGUUUUUGUUUACUGAUCCAUGUGUUUUUAUAGCACACUGUAUUUAUGUGCUUCUAUUUUCCUCGGCAAGCUUCUCGGGCACAUGAUGCAGCCAGGAGGCUGGUUGUUUUUUUAAAUCACGGCUGGAUUAAACAGGGAGAGGGUGGAACAUGAGCUUCACCCAGAAGAUCAAGUUCUCAGGCUUGAGUGGGAACAGCCCCAGUCACAAGGAUAAAAGAGGAUCCGGCCUCCCAUUGUUCCAGCUCAGACUCACAUGGGCUACAGCAUAAAAAUGUUCUCCUGUGUGGCAAGGGAUUGCCAAAUUUCUCCUGAGCCCAAUGGACUGAAUGAAGAACAUUUCAAUAACUACGACUGCAGGCAUUUUUCUCCUGAGAAGGACUGUGCCAUUUCUCUCAACUCCAAAGGAGACCGCACCUCCGACACCUCUGGUUCCUCUUACCGUACCGCCCUGUGCUCGGAGGAGGCAGACAGCUUUAAGGACUGUGCUGAGUACUUAGAAGAAUCUGGAGAUUGCAUCCAGCAAUGCACUUACUGUGACUCGGAAUACAAGCAGGACAGCGUAACAGCCACACCAAUUCUCUCUGCAGAUCAGACGAGCCUCGCUGAGAGGAGCAAGGUUUCCAGGGGUGCAGGCAGCCAACUUCAUGGAACUUUGAACAGUUUUGGUAAGGCCUUAAAAGACGCGUGCAGUGCAGACAGCAAAGGGAAAGGUGAUACAUAUGCUGCUACAUCUGAAGGAAUUCAGGCUCGUUUUGCUGUAAACGGGAGUGAGGCUUUUGGAGGCUCAUUGAUAAUCCAAGACAUGCGAGCACAGAGCUCACAGGCGGACAGCAAUGGUGCUAUAAAAGAUCAAACCUGCAGAGACAGACUCCGUCCCAGUGACAAGGAAAGCCAGCAGGUUCAGAUGUCAAUCAAAGCUAAGAAUAGCUCAGACCCAGUGUGCAGCGGCAGAAUGGGUCCAGUCACAAGAAGGCUGCAGCCAGGAGACAGCGGAUCUAAAUACUUGGAUCAUCCUACACAACUUGGUUCUGAGAAAUCCAAGGAAAUGUUAUCUAAUGGUCGCAAGCUGAAGAAAAACAGCCUUGGCAGCCGAGCUCAUGGUUCUGUAAGUAACAAGCCAGCAUGCCCCAAAUAUUUUAGAGAAAAUUCGAGUGCUCUGAGUGACUCUGAUGAGGCUGAUAAUGAAGUAGAGAAGCUUACGGCCCUGUCUUUCCAGAGCCUCUCGUGUCCCCAAGGCAGCUACCUAGAUAUGUACAGUUCCAGUAACCGAACAUCAUCUAGUCUGUCCAAUUCCUUGCCGGAAGACAGUAUUGGAAUAAACAGGUGGCCGACAUGUAGUGAGCCAAGGAAAACAGUGGUGGUCAACCACACUAAAGGAAGCUGGCAGUUCCCAUCAGCCAGCAAAGUCCCUGAAAAAGAUCUGUGCACUAGUGUACUGGGGAAGGAACACUUUGAUUGUGUCGAUGUCACACUAGACAACACUGAUGGCAGAAGGAGCCUCUGCAAAAAGAGAAUGGUGCCCAAACGUCAGAUUCAGUUGAGACGGAAGGAGAAGAAGGAGAUUGGCUUUUGUGCAGCUGGCGACUGUGCCGUCCUCCAACCAUUCACGCAACCAAGGAAAGAGUUGUGCAUGAAGGGUAGGACUAUCAGUGAUGAAUUUAGACUCAAUUACAAACAAUUUAUGAGGGCAGCCUCUCUGAAUAAUCCUUACAGCAAAACUCGGAUGGCUUCAAGUUUGGUGAGAAAUGUGUUGGCUAAAAAAAUGCAAUAUGAACAAAGAAUCAAAAUGGAGCAAGCGUCUGUCCAAGGCAGCUCAACCUCUUCGGUUCCAUCUUCCAUAAGUACAGACCUCCAGGGGGACAGUUUAGAAGGCAAGUCAAGCUCUCUGUCCAAAUCGGACUGCAGUUUUUCAACUGAAGAUGUGCAAAGUCAUUCCACCAGUGAGAGAUCUGAGUCUGCAGCAGUGAAUAAAGAGGGUACGGAUGCCUUGAAACCAACAAAGGGGGUUGUGCUGAAUGAGCAACUGAGGGAGAACGUCUGCAAACUGAAAAAGACGUUUAAUGAACUGAAUGAGAGAAUGAAAUAUCAAGAAGCCACUCAGUUGAUGAGAGUCCCUGUUUUGGCAGAUGAUGAUUUAGAUAUGAUAGAAUCAAGCAACAUCAGAAAGCAGGCAGUUGGAGAGAGAAAAGAAUACAGGAGAGCCCGGGCUGUGUUUGAGUCCAUGCAGGAUGAUUCUAAAAUCACAGGUGCUGUCCCAAAAUUUGCAAGAACACCAAAGCCAUGGCCAAACCUGAAGCAAAGAGCCAUUCGGCAGAAUAAGCAUAUUCAGUUAAAAGAAGAAAAGAUCCCCCUAAAAUCUAAAAGCCUCAUGGUGCCCAAAGAGACCUCCAGGAACAUCUUCACAUCUAGAACCAAAGAAAUGAAACUCGUGCCCCAGAUGACAAAUGAACAACCUAAUGUUCUAAACGCCUUUAAGCACAGGUCUUCAGACAGAGUUUCCAAUCCCAGGAGGCAGCCUGCAGUUCAGUGCAUGAAAUUUUCAUCAUUAGUUUUUCCAACUUCUGGCAAAUUACGCUGUGAUGAAACCCUUCACACAGAUGAGGUCCUUCAAAUGGAAAAUAAAGGAAAGACAAGAAAACAUAAGCAAAGAGAUGUCAGGAAAUUAGUAAAUGACCCCUAUAGCCUCGGCUUUAAGUCAUCAGACAGCUCCAGUGCAGAGCAGCUUUCCUACUCAGAAAGCAAAAGCGAGAACAGCCAAACUGGGUUGCCAAAUGACUCCACAGCCGUCUCACCUCUCUUCAUACGCUGCACCUCAGUACGGCGGAAGGAUGAUACACAAGCAGUAAACCAGUUACGGGAGAAGAAGCAAGAUGAAAUUAGGGAUAUAGAUUUGUCAACCCUUUCUCUACAUGAUCAGAGCAUCAGUAGCACGGAUAAUUUUAACCCCACAACGCAGACACAUGGAAACGUGUCUGUGUGUCCUCCAGAAAACAAGUGCUCUCCAGUGAGUGAACCUGCUGUGCACAUUACUACAAUUCAGUCCAGGAAGUGUGUAGUUGAAAAUAAAGAACUUCAGCCCCAAACUGAAAAUAAACCAGUGCCCUAUGAGCGGACUGAGUUAAACAUCCGACCUUCUUCUGCAGCCCUAAAGAAAGAGUCCCAGCUCAAUAUUCAAGUCAACAGUUCUCUCUCCAAACAGUCACACAUAACAGAAACUGAUUAUUUUCCAGCUUCAAGUUGUUCCAUGCUGGAAGAAAGGACCACAAAAGAAGCUCUCUCACAGACUAACCACAGUUUAAGAGCAAACAAAGCUGCUUCUUCGUCAGAGACCGUUGCGAUUCCAUCUCCUAAAUGCCUUCAGGAGAUCGGGCAGAAAGAUAAUGUGAGCCCUCUUCAUGAGCCUUCCAAAGCCCAGGAAACUGAAUGGCCCCAUCAGAAACAUUUAUUCAGUGAGAAUAUCUCAGUGGUGCCUAAAGACAGUAAAAAUUCUCCGGGCUUUUUGAAAGAAGAAAAUAUGUUCUCUAGAUUAACCUACGGAAGCAGUAGGUACCCACAAGCCGCCAAGCCGCCAAGGACAAGCACCCAAAAUAAUCAGGCACAAACGCCAACAAACAAUCAUUUUGUUGACAGUUCGUCUGAAACAGCAGUACUGGAAGACCCCAAACACUUGGAUGACAACAUCAGGAUACUUUCAGAAUGUGACAUUUCAGACAGUCCGUUACCAGCAAGAGAGUAUACUGAAGGAAUCAAACUAAUAUCAAACCCUCCUUUUACACCAUCAUCUUAUGGAAAGCUGCCUGACCCAGGGUGCGAUUGUCUUAAUAAGCCUCAGGCAACAAGCGAACAAUAUUUUUCAGCAGCACAAGCAGACAACACCAAUUACUUAACAAUUCCCGUGAAAGCCCAUCAGUCUGAGCCAGUUACUAAGCACUCAGUGCCUCCGUAUCUAGAUAAUUCCUCUUUCACAUCCAAUGUCUCUUUCCAGCCCAGUGGAGAAGCUUCAGGAAACAAAACAAGUAAUGAACAUUUCCCACCAAAACCAUUAGAAAGGAGGGCAUCUUCUGACAAUUUGCUCCACAGUAACCCAAGCCAUGGGCAAAUCCCCCCCAGACUUGAAGGAUCUCCCGGUUUCACAAGAAGAAACGAAAGGAUUUCACCAUCUGGUAAGAGCGCCCCAAGCCCAACUCGACACUUUGCUGCUCCUCUGCAGGCACAUAGAAAAAUGUUAGUCGAUCCAGAGAGUGGAAAGUGCUACUAUGUGGAAUCACCAAGGCAGCCUCAGCUGAAGAUGCUUUAUGAUCCAGAGACGGGGCAGUACAUCGAAGUGCUAAUACCACCAGUACCAAUGACUUCACACAGUGGACUUUACCAGUCUCCUUUCCCUUCAGUGGGUAUGAACUCAGGAGGUUAUGGACCACCUUACAUGUCAUACUCAGGAUUUUCAGGUUUCCCUCCUCCCCCUCCUGCUAUGCCACCUGUCCAGGUGGAUCUUCAAGACCAACCACCUGUUCAAGAAAACACCAAUGAAGGAUUUAGCCAUUUUUCAAAGAACGAAGUACCGCCAGCUACCCAAACUGCUGAUGGCAACUACAUGGAAAGUUUAUAUUAUAUUCCCACCGGGAUGAAUUUGAGUCCAAACCCUAAUCAAACAGUGUUCCCCCCACCUGCAAGUUGUGGUCCUUCUAUGCCAGAGAAGGGAUCCUUCCAUAGAAUGUGACAUGCAGCGCUACAAGGGUGUUUAGGAAGACCAUUUUUAUAUUUCAGACCAUUCGUGUUUUUUAAAAAAAAUCAAACCAUACUUCAUUCCCUGGAACUUGCGGGAGGGAGGAAAGAAUAACAGGAAAGGGAAGGUUUGGUGGCUUUUUGUUCAAGUUUUCAGCUGCUUGGGCUCUGAAGGACUCAUGAGGUAAUGGGACAAAAUGAGUUUACAGCAUGCAUCAUUUGCUUGACAAAUUUUUAUUUUAAUGUAAACAUCCCUGGGCUACCAUAAUGGGCUACAUUCUGGUGCUAGUUGAAGCCAAUGGGAGCUUUGAGAUUGACUUCAAAGGGACCAGGAUUCAGGCUGUUGGAGCAGUUCAGUUUGUUUCUUGGGUAAUGCUAUAUAGAGUGUAUCGUUCUAAUGCUUAAGCCUCUACCCAAGCAGUUGGGUUAUUCAUGAAUCUUGGCUCUUCUAUAGCAAUUAAAUGUUCCCCUAAACUUUUUGAGAUUUGGUACUUUCAUAUAUUUCUCUCUCUCUCUCUCUCUCUCUCACACACACACACACACACACACACACACACACACACACACGGACCUUUACACCACAUUUGCUAACAGAAAAGUUUUGUCUGUGUAAAUGCUUUGAUGAUUGGGGCACAAACAUGCUGCUUAAGAAUAGAUAGCUUGGCAGUUCUAUGGGGCUUCACUGGUUCUAUAAGCUUCAGAUUUCCGAAGCUUUGCACU